AUGGUACUUGGGCCCGUUGCUCCUAAGCGGGCGCCAGUAGCCCCAAAACCUCCACAAGAGCGAGGCCCGUCGGAGAGCCGGAGCCAAGCUGCAGCCCGGCGGGGUGCUGCGCCCAAGUGCGCGUCCCCCGCGCGCUCCCGCGCCCGGGGGUGGGUGGGUCGGGGGGCGGUGAGGAGUGGAGUGCUGCAGGUGUCCGAGAAGCCGCGGGCGUCUCCGAGGGCGAACUCGCAGCGGAGAGACACCGAAUGCUGCCGUGUGGGGAAGGAGUCCAUCUUGAUUGCUCUGGGGUACAACAGCGCUCUGCUAAAGUUUGAGUCUCAUGCUGAAUUCAGCGCAUUUUCAAAAACCUUGAAAAGAUGCCGGGAUGAAAAAAAGAAAUACUCAGUGUUUAGCCAGCGGACAGAAGAGGCGUCUGCCACACAAUACUUCCAGUUUUAUGGCUGCAUUUCCCAGCAGCAGAAUAUGAUGCAAGAUUUUGUGAGGACAGCCACCUACCACAGAGCCAUCCUCCAGAACCACAUUGACUUUAGAGAUAAGGUCGUUCUAGACGUUGGUUGUGGAUCAGGAAUCCUGUCGUUCUUUGCUGUACAGGCUGGAGCUAGGAGAGUCUAUGCAGUUGAAGCCAGCUCCGUAGCCCAAUAUGCCGAGAUGUUAGUGAAAAAUAAUCACCUUUCAGACAAGAUCAUUGUUCUGCCAGGGAAAAUUGAAGAGAUCUCACUUCCUGAGGCUGUAGAUGUGAUUAUUUCGGAACCAAUGGGAUACAUGCUGUUCAAUGAAAGGAUGCUGGAGAGUUACCUUCAUUCCAAAAAAUGGCUGAAAACAAAUGGAAUGAUGUUCCCGACAUUCAGCGACAUCCACUUGGCCCCCUUUUCUGAUGACCAGCUCUACAUGGAACACUACUCCAGAGCCAACUUUUGGAACCAGCAGUGCUUCUAUGGGGUCAACCUGUCCAGUCUCCGGGGUGCUGCAGUGGAUGAAUACUUCAGACAGCCAAUAGUAGACACUUUUGACAUUAGGAUUUUGAUGGCUCGAUCAGUCAAGUACACAGUAAAUUUUAUGGAUGCAGAAGAGGCAGAUCUCCACAGAGUAGAAAUCCCCUUUGUGUUUCAGAUGACACAGUCGGGCCUGGUCCACGGCCUGGCGUUCUGGUUUGAUGUGGCCUUCGUCGGAUCUGUGGUCACAGUUUGGCUGUCAACGGCACCCACUGAGCCUCUGACCCACUGGUAUCAGGUGCGGUGCCUUCUUCAGACUCCUCUCUUUGCCAAGGAAGGAGAAACCCUCUCAGGGAAAGUGCUGUUUGUGGCCAAUAAACGACAGAGCUAUGACAUCCAGAUUGCAGCGCUGGUCAACCAGACGGGCUUCAGAUCUGGGAACAUCCUCGACUUGAAGAACCCUUUCUUUAGGUUUGCAUAGAAGACCGAUAAGUAAAAUGAAGGCCUGAGAAGUCCCUCAACAUUCAAGUUCGUGGUUCACGUUUCAAACAUGCAUUCCGAAUUUUACAAAAAUAUUAGGUUUAUUUAAAUUUUUUUUCCUAACUCUAAAGUGUGCAUCUUAAAAUUGUUGACAAGUCUAUUUCUUGGAGCUUCUUAGACUGGCUUUUUAUAGCUUUUUGCAUGUAGUUGGGGAACAAUUUUUUUUAAUUUGUGGUUUCCCUUUAUUUUUAUUUUAAUAAAGCCAUCAGCAUUGUUUCCAUUUCUGAAGUAUUUAAAAAAGAAAGUUAAAUGCUACCUCAUGUUUAUAUGUAUGCAUAUGUAUGACAUGACAUAGACUGUGUUAGAAGUGAUCUUCUAUUUGCAAUUUUAAUCUAUUUUUGCAAAACUUUUCAACAAAUCAAUGGCUAGUUCCUAGCUCAGCAAUGUGUUAAAGAAAGAAUCUUUGCCUUAUUCAUGUAAUGGAAUAAUAUGAUGUCAGGAAUGCUCCUCACUGGCAAUAUUUGAUGACUCUGUACAUGGUUAAGAAAGUACAGAUGGAACCUUUGUCAGUUCUGUUAGGUUUACAAUAAAGUGUUCAGUGUGAGGGACCAGUGGGGCCUCUCCUUCACUUUAAGACAUUUGUUAUAUGUCACAUGUCAAAUGGUGAUGAAAGAUGAUCUUUCCAAAGAGCAAGUUUUCCCCUGGCCCUAAACACCCUGAUAAAAAUGGGAUGUCACAUCAGCGCGACAAUCUAACGAAGCCCAACAGGCAGCCCACUCACUCUGUCAGGGGAAGAGGAGCAGACGACGACCUCGAGUUCUCCUCAGUCCACCGGUCUCCCACAGCACUCAGCCUUCCACGCUGGCGCUCUCCCGCGCUCCGCUCGGGCCACUCGGUUGGAGACCGUCCCCCCAUCUACCCGUUCCAACAGUCUCAAAGCGCUGCAAGGCUCCGUUCAGUGCGCCUCUGCCAGCACACUCGCUGCCCCACUUCCCUGCUUGUACACCCUACUUUCGACGGAUCUCCUGUCCCUCCCUUUAUCUAAUCCCUUCUUGCAGCAUUUUAUCACUUCAUACCCUAAACAUACACA